UAAUGGAUAAUUUAUAUAGGAGAGUGAAAGCCCAACCAACCUGAGAGAUAAAAGAGAGAGAAAUGAUUCCCGCCAUUUCUCUAUCAACGAACAUAGCUAUCUCAACUAACUUAACUGCAACCUCGGGUCCGAAUGUCUCUCAGAGGCACCGAAACUCCAACACUCCAAACUCCCUUCUCAAAUCUCUCGCGAAAUCUGGAAAACUUGAUGACGCUCUUCGCCUGAUCGAAUCCUGGCCGUCCAAGUUUCCGGCCACCGAACCGGAUGUCGAGGCAUACUCCGUCUUCCUCCAUGCCUGUAUCUCCAGAAGGUCCUUAGAACAUGGUCAAAGACUCUACCGUCAGCUUCUUCUCCACAGAAACGGAGGAAAUCUACGCCUCCUCAACAACCCCACCUUGAAAAGCAAGCUCAUUACACUCUUCUCCAUUUGUGGCCGAGUCGAUGAUGCUUUCGGUGUUUUUGAAGAUGGGAUUGACGACGAGCAUGUUCCUGGACAGGUUUGGGUGGCUAUGGCUAUUGGGUGUUCGAGAAAUGGGCAACCUGAACGAGCUUUGCUUCUCUACUGUGAGAUGUUGUGCCGGUUCGUCCAGCCUGGUAACUUUGCGUUUUCGGCCGCCUUGAAGGCGUCGGUGGACUUGUUAAAUUUGCGGUUCGGUAUAUCUGUUCAUGCCCAGAUUGUAAAGUCUAAAGAAGAACCUGAUCAAGUGGUGAAUAAUGCUCUUUUAAGACUGUAUGCGGAGUUGGGUUGUUCCGAUGAAGUCUUGAAGGUGUUUGACGGAAUGCCUCAACGAAAUCUUGUUUCAUGGAACACUUUGAUUGCAGGUUUUAUUAGUCAAGAUCAAAUUUUUGAUUCACUGCAUACUUUUAGGAGGAUGCAAAUUGAAGGAAUGGGGUUUAGUUGGGUAACCCUUACUACAAUAUUACCGGUUUGUGGUCGAGUGACUGCACUUCACAGCGGCAAAGAAAUACAUGCCCAGAUUUUAAAGUCAGUGAAUAGACCUGAUAUUUUUGUACUUAACUCACUUAUGGACAUGUAUGCGAAAUGCGGAACAAUUGAUUACUGUAGAAGAGUGUUCUAUAGGAUGCAGAGUAAAGAUUUGACAUCUUGGAAUACCAUGCUCACAGGGUAUGCACUCAAUGGGUUCAUGGAAAAAGCACAGGAAUUGUUCUAUGAGAUGGUUGAGUCUGAUAUGAAACCAGAUGGCAUAACCUUUAUUGCUUUGUUGUCUGGUUGUAGCCAUGCAGGUCUUACUGAUGAAGGACAGAGAUUUUUCAGUAAGAUGAAGCUGGAUUAUGGGGUAUCACCAACUGCUGAGCAUUAUGCUUGUUUGAUAGACAUCUUGGGAAGAGCUGGGAGAAUCAAGGAAGCAUUACAGGUAAUGGAAAACAUGCCUAUGAAGCCGAGUAGUACCAUAUGGGGAUCAUUACUCAAUUCAUGUCGGCUCCAUGGCAAUGUUUCUCUUGCGGAGCUCAUUGCGGAGCAGUUGUUUGAACUUGAACCUAAUAAUCCUGGGAAUUAUAUCAUGCUCUCAAACAUUUAUGCAAAUGCAGAGAUGUGGGAGGGUGUGAAGAUGGUAAGAGACAUGAUGGAGGAAAGGGGAAUCAAGAAAGAGGCUGGAUGUAGUUGGAUACAAAUAAAAAACAGAGUUCACACGUUUGUGGCAGGUGGUGGGUUUGAACUCCGUAACUCACCUGAAUUUAAGAAGGUUUGGAGUGAAUUAAUGAAAGCUACACAAGACAAUGGAUAUAUCCCAAGCACAAGUGUUGUGCUUCAUGAUGUAAACGAAGAUCUGAAAACAUCUUGGGUAUGUGGGCACAGUGAGCGACUUGCAACUUCUUUUGCACUCAUUCACACUGCUGAUGAAAUGCCAAUAAGGAUUACAAAGAAUCUUCGUGUUUGUGUAGAUUGCCAUACUUGGUUGAAACAUGUUUCCUGCAUAACAGGUAGGUUGAUUGUCUUGAGGGAUACAAAUCGCUUCCACCAUUUUAAAGGAGGAGCAUGCUCUUGUAAGGACUACUGGUGAUAUUACCUACAUAGAGAAAUAAUUCUUUGCAAUUUUUCUCAAUUCCAGUUCUCCUUUAUUUCAUUAAUUGUCAAAACGUUAGCUUUCUAUUAUAAGAAAACAUGAAAAGGUUAUCAACAA